AUGUUUUCAUCUACUACAAAUAUAUUUUUUUCAUUAGUAUUUCUAGUUCUAUUACUGUUAUUAUCAAUUAACAAUAAUAUUCUGGAAAAAUCUUCUGAAAUUCAAGAAAGAAUAUAUAAUGGAUUAUAUUCGAAACAUUUUAGAUUGUUAGCAGAGCCAUCUUCAUAUGGUUCUUCAAAAAAGACAAGGAAAAAAUAUGAAGAUGACGAUGAUGAAGAUGAUGAUGAAGAAGACGAUGAUGAAGAUGAUGAUGAAGAAGAUGAUGAAGAAGAUGAUGAUGAAGACGAAGAAUCUGAAGAUGAAGAAGAUGAUAAUGAAGACGAAGAAGCUGAAGACGAAGAAUCUGAAGACGAAGAAUCUGAAGACGAAGAAGAUGAUGAUGAAGACGAAAAAUAUGAAUAUGAUGAAGACGAAAAAUAUGAAUAUGAUGUAGAAGAAAAUCAAUAUGAAUAUGAUUUAGAAGAAAAUCAAUAUGAAUAUGAUGUAGAAAAAAAUGAAUAUGAAGUAGACGAAGAAAAUGAAGAACAGGAAUACGAGGAAGAUGAUAAUGAAUAUGACGAAGACGAAGACGAAGACGAAGACGAAGAUGAAGAUGAAGAUGAAAAUGAAAAUGAAGAUGAAAUUGAAGAACACGAUAAAUAUUGUGAAUUGAUACCUAUUUUAACAGAUACCUCGGAAGAGACAUUGAAAAAAACAAAUAAUAUUAAUACACCUAAACAUAAUGUUAAUACAGAUUAUUUAUUAGAUAAAAAUUUAUAUGAAUUAAAGACAUAUAAACAUUUAAAUAUUUCAAAAAAAAAUUACACUGAUAGCAUAAUAGACAAUAUGGAUCUUACGGAAGACGUAAAAAAUAUAUUUAAAGAAUUCUUAUAUUAUUAUAUGACUAAAAGAGAUCCGGAUUAUCAACUUGAAUUAUAUAAGAAAAUUGAGUUGGAUAUAGAAAAGUACACACACAAUCACGUAAUUUGUAGUAUUGUAGAUUUUAAAAAUAUAGAGAAUGAUAUUGAAUGUUUAAAGAACCCAAAAUUAUUCAAAAAUAUGUAUUAUUAUGAAGACAAUGAAAAAAGUCAAAGGAAAAAGCAAGAAAAACUACAGAAAGAAAGAGAAAAAUUAGAGAAAAAAUUAGAGAAAAAAUUAAAGAAAGAAAAAGAAAAAAAAGAAAAAGAACAAAUAAAAGAAAUUCAAAAACAACAAAAAAUGAAAUUCGAAAAAGAAGAACAGGAAAAGGUAUAUUUGGAGAAAAAAGAACUAAAGGAAAAACAUGAAAAAAGUCAAAAGGAAAAACAAAAGAAAAUAAAUGAUAGAAGAAAUAAGCUUCUUAAAAAAAGAUGUAAAUUUUAA